AUGAGCAAUUUUCUCGCACCGAUUUCCAUUUACAUCUGCGUGUUCGUCUGCCUGCUGCUCCAGGAAGAAGUGGUCGCCAACUUCAUGAUUCCGACCUGCGGCGUAUCCUAUGAGUCCCAUGUGGCCACUAGAAUAGUUCGCGGCAAGGAGGCUCUACUAAAAUCGGCUCCAUUCAUGGCCUAUUUGUACAACGGCUCGCAGAUCCACUGUGGCGGAACGAUCAUCUCCAAUAAGUACAUUCUAACGGCUGCUCACUGUAUGAGGCUCUAUCUAAAGGUGCGACUGGGGGAGCACGAUAUUACCAGAAACCCCGACUGUCAGGCCGGCGGCUCUUGCUCUCCAUCUGUCGAAGAAUUCGACAUCGUUUUGGCAACAAAGUCCAAGAACUUCGGUCGCCACCUGGUCAAUGAUAUUGCUCUGCUCAAGCUGAGCAGGAUCAUUCGAUUUAAUGUGCACAUACAACCGAUCUGCCUGCUUCUUAAUCCGGCUGCAGCGCCCAAUGUGCAGGAGUUCCAGGCCUUCGGAUGGGGCCAAACCGAAAGCAGCCACGCCGCCAAUGUGCUCCAGACCACGUUUCUCACCCGCUACGACAACAACUACUGCCGAUCGGUGCUGCAUGUGCCCAUGACGGACAAUCAGCUGUGCGUCGGCUUUCAGGGAUCGGACACCUGCUCCGGCGACUCCGGCGGACCCUUGGUGACCAAGGUGAAGUACGACGGAGUUUGGCGUCACGUGCAGCUGGGCAUCGUGAGCUUCGGCGACAACAAGUGCCAAAGCCCGGGCGUGUAUACGUAUGUUCCGAACUACAUUAGAUGGAUCCAGUCUGUCAUGCAGUCCAAUGGCUAUUGA